CCGGAAAUUGUAUUUCAUGCAAGGCAACAAACUCAGAAGGGGUUGUCAACAAACAUCUGCUGUUGAAGGAAAUAUUUAUGAGUGUAGCUACUCAGAGACUUUUGUCUCCUAAGUCAAUCAAGGGAGUUAUGGGGAAGGCCACUCUGAUGCAUGUGUGAGAGAAAAGGCCUGGUGUUCUUCCUGCUGCGCCGCACACUUCCUCAUGGAUUCCAGCAACGAUGAGGCAGUCGACAUCAUUAUCACUAAUGUUGUUGCGACGUUUCGGACCAGAUGUCACCUUAAUCUGCGUACAAUCGCUCUAGAGGGAAUCAAUGUCAUCUACAAGCCGGAAGUAGGGAAAGUCUUGAUGAAACUUCGGAAACCAAGGAUAACAGCCUCAAUCUGGUCAUCAGGAAAGAUCAUCUGCACUGGAGCAACAAGUGAGGACGAGGCAAAGCUGGGCGCUCGCAGACUAGCGCGCUGUCUGCAGAAACUUGGCUUCAAGGUGAGGUUUUCAGCUUUCAAGGUUGUGAAUGUGCUCGCCGUUUGCUCCAUGCCAUUUUCAAUUCACUUGGUAGACUUCACAAAGAACAACCGGCCCAUAGCCAGUUAUGAGCCUGAGCUUCACCCUGCUGCUACAUACAGAAUCAAGAAUAUAAAGGCUACUGUACAGGUGUUUUCCACUGGAAGCCUCACGAUUACAGGACCAAAUGUGCAGAAUGUUGCAACAGCUGUGGAGCAGGUCUACCCACUGCUGUUUGAGUGUCGGAAACCCCUCUGCAAAUAGGACAAAAAGAAGUCGCCUACAUGAUAAAAGAAGACUCAAUACUGAUAAGGAAACUCCUCGCUCCUUUUCUUUACGGUAAUCUCUGCAAGACUAACUAGACUGUCAAGACGGACGUGUGUGUUGAGAGUUUUAUAAUCCUUGUUGGAGUUCAUGAGAAAGUUGUCUGCUGUCACUUUUAUCCUGCUUUGAGUGUUCUGCAUGGAUACCUGAACCGUUUUUAGUACUGCAAGUAUAUUCAAGCUGAACAGUUGUGACCAAUGGUGAAAGUUUGUUUGCUCAGAGCAGCCUCUCUGCUAACUCGAUAUCCGAGGCCAGUCCUGCUGGAAUCUCCGUCCACCGUUAGUUUUUUAGAGGACCGACCAGCGCAGUCACUCUACGCCGCCGAGAUGCCCAGAAAGCCAAGUUCUGGAGGUAGAGCCCACCAGAACUUACCCCUCACUUCAGUCAAGAUAUCCUCACCGCAUCCCUCUGUGCAAACACCAUUGACGUCUUUGUGGUUUUAAAUUUAAAUUCUUUUUUUUUUAAGUGUCAUUUAACAGAAAUACUUGUCAGUUUUAAGUCAGUUUGAUCUUUUAAUUCCAUUUUUUUUACAUUUAUGAGAUCAGUAAAAUGUGCAGAAUUUACAUGUUUUUUUGCAGAAAGCAGUAGCAAAGAGCUGAACCGUUUUUAUUACAUAAGCAGCCACUCCUUGGAGUCACACCAGGCAGAUUUCCAAAAGUAUUUCAUGUACAAAAAAAAAAAAGAGAAAUAGACUUUCA